AGAGGCAGAUUUCCUCCUGUGCUGGGAGGAAACAGCCUGCUGGCCUCACAACCAAGGGAAAGCAGUAGGUCAGAGGCUCCCGGGAGCCAGCGUCAGAGCCCUUCACCAACUCUGCAGGAAAGCUCUGUCCACAACCGGGUCUUGCAGGAGACAUCUAAGGUUACGAGCGUGGUCUUCAGUCCCUCGCCCUACGUGUGCCCUUCAACACCUGCCCCCAAUCUCAGCUGCCCAGGGCUCUGCAGGCUGCUGCGCCGUCUUGACGUCCUCACCUCCUCUCACCCGUGUAAUGAAGGAGGCGCUGGGAUAACUCAUCAGGAACUCAGACCGUGGACCGAACGCUUUAGAGUCACAGGAGGGGGAACUUAUUUCUCAAAAGUACAGAUAUGGGAAUCAAAAUCUCUAAGAAAUCUUCAUUUUAAAGAAUCCCCUAGACAGUUCCAAAGACAGCAGGUUCAAGAAGCACUGGACUAGGUAAACAGACUCCAACCCUCGGAGCUUUCAGAUGACAGGAUUCUACACGGCUGACGUUCCUCAGCAACAAUACGUCUUGUGCACCCCAGGUUUCAGCUCUUAGGAACUUUGGGAGAACUGUUCAAAUCCCACUCCAAACUCUGCAGGAGGUUCCAAACGCCUCCCAAGGGCUCAGUGAAUUCCCUGCAGCACACUUUCUCAUUUCCAUCUUUGACAAGGACUGCUCACUUUGGCUAAAUUCUUAUCUUUGUUCUAAUCUUGUGGCUGUUUCCUCAUUUCUGCUCUGCUGUCAAUUACGGCAGCUUGUUGAUUUCUACACACAAAAUAAUUAAUCACGUGGGCUGAACUUAAGGCUUGGGGAGGUGGUAGGGCACUUACUGCAGGAACAUGAGCACUUUGGACUGAGGACCAGGCAAACCUGUCCUCUUGGUCCUUUGGCCAGAGACAAGGUAUUCAGCCAACCUCUGCUUUGCUUUCCCUUGUGUGGUGCCAGUGGGAGAGAACACGGUCACCUGCAGUAACCAGGUGGACAACAGGGACAGGGAGAAUUAGAAAGGGACGUGAGCUCAGGCAGGUCUCAGACAGAACGUGGGAGAGGAUGAAUGGUCACAGGAGGGAAAGCACAAGGUGGGCUGGAAAGGCCCUGAAGUCUGCUCCUGGUGGAGUGGCUGAUCGAGUCAGGGAGUGGCUGGAGAUGAGGCUGGAGACGCAGACGGAGGAGAGACUGUGCACUUGCGUCCGGGUACCUGUGGGAUCCGGCAAAUGUGCUCCCUGAACGUUUAUUGUAUUAAAUGAUGGUUGAACUGGGCAUCAACAGUUUACUUCGAGAAGCCUCAGAUUUGGGGCAGAACAUCAGGAGAUGGAGGGGAGCGCCCCAGUCUCUCCAGCACACAGAUCAGAGUUAGACACAUUGCGAGCCAAAUAAUCCAGCUUGCUGAGAGCAGAGUCAGAGGCUGUCCAGAGCAGCUUGCGAGGUAGCAUGGGAGGACGGAGGAUGGUAAGAGACGAAGAAAAUGCCUAUGGUUCUGAGGACAACCCGCAGGAGCCCAGGCUCAGGCUCAUCCUGGCCGGGAGGACGGGGGCCGGCAAGAGCGCCACAGGCAACAGCAUCCUGGGUCAGCGGCGCUUCCUCUCGAGGCUCAGCGCCGCGCAGGUGACCACCACCUGCGCCGUGGGCAGCUGCCGCUGGGCCGGCUGGCACCUGGACGUCAUCGACACCCCGGACCUGUUCGGCGCCGAAGACCCCAGGACAGAGCCGGGCUGCGGCGAGAGGGGCCGCUGCUACCUGCUCUCGGCGCCCGGGCCGCACGCCCUGCUCCUCGUCAGCCAGCUGGGCCGCUUCACCGCCCAGGACCAGCAGGCCGCGCGCCGGCUCAAGGCCAUGUUCGGCGAUGACGCUGUGGCGCGCACGGUCCUGCUCUUCACGCACAAGGAGGACCUGGCCGGGACCUCGCUGCAGGACUACGUGCGCUGCACCGACAACCGCGCGCUGCGGGAGCUGGUGGCCGAGUGCGGCGGCCGCGUCUGCACCUUCGACAACCGCGCCAGCGGCACGGAGCGGGAGGCCCAGGUGGCCGAGCUCAUGGCGCUGUUGGAGCGGCUGGUGCGCGCGCACGGGGGCGCGCCCUACACCAACGACGUGUACGGCCUGGCGCGCGCCCUGGGCCGCGCGCGCCCCGAGGAGCGGCUGCGCAGGGUGGCGGAGAGCGUGGCGGCCCGCGUGCAGCGGCGGCGGGGGCGCGGGCUGCUGGCGGCGCUGUUGGGGCGCGGGAGGGCGCCGUGGAGCCGUCCGAGGCUGGUCGUGGCCGCGCUGCUGGGGGCCCUGGGCCUGCUCUACCUGCUGCUCGCUGGGCGCCGGGCGGACGCCGCGACAGAUAGCGCAGGUCUUAAAAAUGCCUUCCCCUGGCGGGAGAGGAGCUGAAUGCUCGGAGCUGAAGGGGGGACUUAAAACCUCCUUCCAAAGGAAUCCUGCAGUUUCAGACAGAGUGUUAAUGUCGCGGAAAUCUGUGAACACUGCAUCAAUUUUGUAAAAGCUCGAAGUUCACUUGUUAAGUUUUCAAGUUUCAGUUUUGGCUAAUGUAUAUCAUUUUAAAAUAAAUUGGCCUAACUUUAAAUGUC